ACAUUUUAUUACGUCAUACUCAAAUGUUAUCAGUGAAUCGAAACAAGCUAAUUACAAUUGCAGAUAAGAUGUAUUAUUUAAAUCAUCCGACGCUUUACGCAUCGCGGGCGGACAACAAAAAUGUCAAGUUUAGUCGUAAAAAGAUCUGUAUUACUAGCAAAAUUAAUAAAACAUGUAAAUUCGGAGGCAAAACGACUUAGUUCACACUUUGUUUACUUCCCUGACAAUGGAAAACCUGUGGAAGGUGAGACCACCAAAAUGAAUAUGAUGCAAGCCAUCAACAAUGCCAUGGAUCUUACCCUUAGGAGUGACCCCACCGCUGUGGUGUUUGGUGAGGAUGUCGCGUUUGGCGGUGUCUUCAGAUGUGCUCUAGGAUUACAGGAGAAAUAUGGCAAGGACAGGGUGUUCAACACUCCGCUGUGUGAACAGGGCAUCGCAGGAUUCGGCAUCGGUCUGGCCACGGCUGGAGCCACCGCUAUAGCCGAGAUUCAGUUUGCUGAUUACAUAUUCCCGGCUUUUGAUCAGCUGGUGAACGAGGCGGCGAAGGCCCGCUACCGGUCCGGCGGGCAGUUCCCGUGCGGCGCGCUGACGGUGCGAACGCCGUGCGGCGCGGUGGGCCACGGCGGCCUCUACCACUCGCAAAGCCCGGAGGCCUUCUUCGCGCACGUGCCCGGCCUCAAGGUCGUGGUGCCAAGAGGUCCGACCGCAGCCAAGGGUCUGCUGCUGUCCUGUAUACGCGAAAAGGACCCGUGCAUAUUCUUGGAACCCAAGAUCUUGUACCGGUCUGCAACCGAAGAUGUACCAGUUGAAGAUUACACACUGCCACUUGGCAAGGCACAGGUUUUGAGAGAAGGCGACGCAGCGACGCUGGUAGCGUGGGGCACCCAGGUCCACGUACUCCUCGAGGUGGCGCAAAAGGCCCACGAUGAGCUCGGCGUCAGCUGCGAAGUCAUAGAUCUGCAGUCCAUAUUGCCGUGGGACGAGGAGACUGUUUGCAAUUCAGUCAAGAAAACUGGUCGUUGUUUGAUAGCUCACGAAGCGCCCUUAACGUCAGGGUUCGGCGCCGAGGUGGCUGCCACUGUCCAGGAGGAGUGUUUCCUGCACUUGGAGGCUCCAAUUGGACGGGUGACUGGCUGGGACGCGCCGUUUCCACACGUCUUCGAGCCCUUCUACUUACCCACUGUCUCGCGUUGCUACGACGAACUCCGUCGUCUACUACAGUACUAACUACGCACCGCUCAUGUUAGCUUUGUACUAUAGGGAUCAAGAACACCUUUUUCCUUUGUAAUUAAGUCCCAGUAAAUACUUCUCCACUAUUACAACAUUAUAUAUGCAUUUAAUAUUAAUAGUUAUUUGUCAAAAUAAAGAUUAAUUCAAUAAA